AUGCGUGCAAAGCCUCCCAGGCAGCCAGUCGGAGCGGCAGCUGUGAGGGAAGAUGCGCCAGGGCCGUCUAGACGCCAGACGGUGCUGAGCCUCGUCACCGGCAUUUUCUUGGCAGGCGUGGGGCCCUCGUACGCAGACCCAGCACUGGAGCAGACGUCGGCAGCGGAGGCAGCAGCGGAGGCGAGCAGCAGAGGGGACGCGCAGGCGGCCGGUGCUGGGGCCCCAGACAGCACCGCAUCGGAGGCGCCGCUUGCUGCCGCAAGUGACGACAGCGGUCGCCAACCCCAGCCGGACGCGCCUUCGGAUUCGAGCGGCGCCGCUUCGCGAGGGGCAGGCUCUGACACUCCCGACGGCGGCGCCGAUUACGCCUCGCCGGCCAGCGACAGCGGCGCGGCGGAGCCCGGCGCGUCGACGCCGACACCUUCUGAAGCCCCCGGGGGCGGGGCCGGCAGCGUCAACGCGUCCACGCAGACCAGCGCUGCGGACGCCCCGGAGCAGCAGUCCGCGCAGCCCAACCCGUUUGCGCUGACGGAGCAGGACGCAAAGAGGCUGCUGGAUGAGGAGGACGAGCGGCGGCGGGCCAACAAGCUCAAGCGCAGGGGGCGCCUCCAGGAGCUGCAAGAGAUCCGCUCUGAGCUGGCGACCAAGGAGAUCAUCCUGCUGCAGAAGGAGGCCGAGCUGCUGGAGAAGGAGCAGACAGUCAUAGUCCUCAAGGAGGAGCUGGAGCUGGAGCGGAAGCUGCGGGCCCUGCUGACCAAAGACAAGGAGAAGGCCCAGGAGGAGGCUGCAUUGGCGCUGGGGCUCUGCGGCGCGGGCGGCGCAAUGCUGCCCUGA